AUGGCUCAACACCCGCUCGUUCAACGGCUUCUCGACGUCAAAUUCGACACGAAGCGCUUCGUGGCACUUGCGACGCACGGCGGAAAGAACUUUCCGGACGCCGAGGGGCGCAGUUUCUUCAAGGAUCACUUCGAUGUCACCAUUCAGGUGAGAACGCCGAAUUUUUUGAGCUUCUUGUGGCUCAAAAGCGCGAUUUCUCAAAGAUCAUGACCAGAUCCAGAUGCUAGUGUCUGUUUCUCGCAAAAAGUAGCCGCUUUUCACAUUUAAAACUGCUUGUAGCCUACGCAUAACCGGUAGAAACGGCUAAAGUUUCAAAAGUUUCUUGCAGGCCUCGAUCCUGUACAUGGUGGUGGUGUUCGGCACGAAAUGGCUGAUGCGCAACCGUGCUCCGUUCCAACUGACGGUCCCGCUGAACAUCUGGAACUUCCUGCUCGCCGCCUUCUCCAUCGCCGGCGCCGUCAAAAUGACCCCAGAGUUCUUCGGAACCAUCGCCAAUAAGGGAUUUGUCGGUAAGGAAAUAAAGACAUUGCAAGAAAGAGGGGGGAGUAUCAAAGUACUGUUCUUUAAUCAGUGACAUCGUGUAGUCGGCGCUUAUCAGUCGGUGGAAACAUGAAUGAGGCGACUGGGAAGUAAAGUACAAAAAACAGGAAAAGAAAUCGAGAUGUUUGGAUCUUCUAGUAAAGGCUUCUGUCCGUUUGGAUUAUCAGAUCCUGACUUGUCGGGCUUCAACAUCCAGAUCAUAUAACGCAAAGGCCGAUUUCGGACCGACAAAUAACUUUUUCAAAUCCAACAUUUCUGAAAUAAUCGACCUUUCUUUCCAGCCUCGUACUGCAAAGUGUUCGACUUCACGAAGGGCGAGAACGGCUACUGGGUGUGGCUGUUCAUGGCGUCGAAGCUGUUCGAGCUGGUCGACACGGUGUUCCUGGUGCUGCGCAAGCGUGCGCUGAUGUUCCUCCACUGGUACCACCACAUUCUGACGAUGAUCUACGCGUGGUACUCGCACCCGCUGACGCCCGGCUUCAACCGCUACGGCAUCUACUUGAACUUUGUCGUGCACGCCUUCAUGUACUCGUACUACUUCCUGCGUUCGAUGAAGAUCCGCGUGCCGGGCGUCAUCGCGCAGGCCAUCACCUCGCUCCAGAUCCUCCAGUUCAUCAUCUCGUGCGCCGUGCUCGCCCAUCUCGGCUACCUCAUGCACUACACCAACGCCAACUGCGACUUCGAUCCGUCGGUGUUCAAGCUGGCGACUUUCAUGGACACCACCUACCUCAUCCUCUUCCUCAACUUCUUCCUCAAAUCGUACGUGCUCGGCGGCGGAAAGGACAAGUACAAGGCGGUGCCGCAGCAGAAGAAGAAGACCAACUAA